AUGCUGUACGUGGAAUCCCCCAUCUCGGUUGGGUUUUCAUACUCGACUACGACCGUGGACUAUGCCGAUUGGAAAGAUGCAGACACCGCCAGAGAAAACAUACAGCUCCUUCUCGGUUGGUUCAAAGAAUAUCCAAAAUAUAGAGACUCCGAUUUCUAUAUAGCGGGGGAGAGCUAUGCUGGCCACUAUGUGCCGGAGCUUGCGGCUCUGGUGCUGGAUCACAAUAAGCAGCCCCAUGGGAAUCCGAUCAAGCUUAGGGGGAUAGCACUCGGCAACCCACUUCUGGAUUUUCAGAUUAGUAUAGACGGUGCCACAUUGUUGUGGUCCCACGGCGUCAUUUCGGGCGAGACAUUGAAGCUGAAGGAGAUGGCGUGCAACGACUCCAGAUACUUGAUGGAACGAAUCCACCACAAAAUUUCCAUGGAAUGCGCGGAGGUGUUUGAGAAGCAGGUGGAGGAAAUGGGGAAUUUUCCCGAUCCAGGUGAUGUGCUCAAACCUUAUUGCUUCUCCGGGACCGCCGCGACGAUGCAAUCGCCUUCAAGUAGCGCGUGGGAUGCGUACCACGCCAAACUAGCUCGAAGGAUGGUUCUUACUGAUCCGUGCCUCCGGGAUUCGAUAUUUUCGUACCUCAAUAAACCUCGAGUGCAGAAAGCGCUCCACGCCAAUACGACAAAGCUAUUGAUCUGGGAACCACGCAUUCUGUUCCUAAAUGUGGUUUCAUGUGGCACGCGGCAGGCGUCGUUCUUAUCAGAAAAUGAAUGGGCGGCUGAGAUCGUGACAAGUGGCCAAACUUGA